UCAGCCUCACAUGCGAAAAAAAAAAACACAGACACACACGGCCGCUGUUGCUUCUCCAGCAGAAGUUCAGCGAUCACCUGUAGGACUGUAGGCGAGGACAGGUAACAAAUGCCCAGGUGACUCUCUCUCACACUCUUUACGCGCUUGCUGGAUUCACAAUCCUCUCUUCUCUUCUGGCAUGAGUUUCUGGAGACGAAACAAGAAGAAUGACGACCAAAAGAAUCAACUCAAAACUGAAGAGUCACUGGACAGUCCCACAUCUCCAUCCCAGUCACCUAUUAUAGAGAAAGAUGGAUUGGACUCUGUCAUCUCUGAUUAUGGGUCAGAAAAGCCUGACCUGUCAGCGGAUCUUCAAGACUGCAUGGCUGCACUGGACCUGUUCCUGCAAAAUCAAUUUGAUGAGGCUCUGAGCAGACUACGAAGCAGGAAUAAAGACAGCAUGUAUCACGCACUCACGUAUGCCACUAUACUGGAAAUGCAGGCCAUGAUGACCUUCAACCCGGAGGACAUAUUUGCUGCAGGAAACACAAUGAAGGAGGCACAGGCUGUGUGUCAACGAUACCGCAAAAAGUCUUCAUUCAACAGCAAAAACUUCACUGAAGAGGAGCUCCAUGCUGAAGUGUGCUAUGCCGAAUGCCUCCUCCAGAGGGCAGCACUCACUUUCCUUCAGGAUGAAAAUAUGAUCAGUUUCAUAAAGGGAGGAAUGAAAGUGAGAAACAGCUAUCAAAUAUACAAGGAGCUUCAUACGAUCCUGAAGUCUUCAGGUUAUGUUCAAGGUGGCAAUCAUGGUCAUUUUGAGGGAGGUGUUAAACUCGGGAUCGGGGCCUUUAACUUGAUGCUGUCGUUGUUGCCAACGCGGACUCUCAGGUUGUUGGAAUUCGUGGGCUUUUCUGGUAACAAAGAGUUUGGUCUUGAGCAGCUCCAGGAGGGCUCCUCUGAGCACACGUUUAGGUCUUUCUUGUGUAACAUGUUGUUGCUUUGCUACCACACCUUCAUGAGUUUCAUUCUGGGCACUGGAGAGGGGGAUGUGGAAGAUGCAGAAAAACUGCUUCUGCCUUAUCUGAAAAAGUAUCCGAAGGGAUCCAUUUUCCUGUUUUUCGCUGGUCGAAUAGAGGAAAUUAAAGGAAAUCUGGAUGCUGCUAUCAAGCGUUUCGAGGAGUGUUGUGAAGCUCAGCAGGACUGGAAACAGUUCCAUCACAUGUGUUACUGGGAGCUGAUGUGGUGUUUCACCUACAAGAGGCACUGGAAGAUGGCCUACUUCUACGCAGACCUGCUCAGUAAAGAAAACAACUGGUCUAAGGCCACAUAUGCGUAUAUGAAAGGUGCUUACCUCAGCAUGCUGAGUCAAGAGGAAUGCCAGCCGUUCGGGGAGAAUGAAGUGGCUUUGUUUAGGCAAGUUUCCAGUCUGAAGCAAAAAAUUGCUGGGAAAUCACUGCCCACAGAGAAGUUUGCCAUUAGAAAAGCCAGACGCUAUAAUACCGAUAAUGUCAUUCCUCUUCCAGCACCUCCACUGGAGAUGAUGUAUAUCUGGAACGGCUACACUGUGAUCGGGAAGCACAAGGACCUGACAGAGGGCAUGCUGAAGACAUUGGACGAGGCCCAGCAGACGCUUGAGCAAACGCCAAGGACUGAGUUCACCACAGAUGACCAGUGUGUGGUUAGUCUACUGAAGGGCCUCUGUCUCAAACACUUGGGUUACAAGGAGGAAGCUGAACAUUACUUCACCCUCGUCCUCUGCAAUGAGAGUCUGAUUAAAUAUGACCACUACCUGGUUCCCAAUGCACUGCUGGAACACGGUUUACUGUGCUUGGAGGAGGGGAGAAUAGAGGAAGCCAUCAAACUUCUAGAGGCAGCAAAACAAAACUACAAGAACUACUCCAUGGAAUCCCGAACACACUUCCGGAUUCAGGCAGCUCUACAUAAGGCCCGAGGCACAGCUCUGAAUGGAGACCAUUCCUCACCCUCCAGCCCUUAACACCUGGGUUUCCACUGGGUCACAGCAAUUAAGAUCAGGCUUGAAAUGGGUUGGCAAGUGCCCAGAGAGGCACUAAAGGAGCACAUGACCCAAACCGAGCUCAUAGUGACGUCUCCUUCAUUUAAAAAACGCAUAUAGAGAUUUUUACAGUACAUGGACAACAGCUGCAUGAAUAUGUCACGUCAAGUGCCAUGCAAUUUAGCCAAGACCCAGAAAUGACAUCAUGCUGUUGUGAUGUCAUACUAAUAACAUCAUGCUUUUAGAAUACUGUACUUGUGGUGUUAAUGUUGGGGAUGACGAUAAUGAUAUGAUACACAAUGUUAGAGGUGUAACAGUAUGCAUAUUUAUUCAUUUUCCUUCAGCUUUGUCUCUAUUUCAGAGGUCGCCACAGCAGAAUGAACCGCCAACUGUUCCAGCAUAUGUUUUACGCAGCGGAUGCCCUUCCACCUGCAACGCAGUACUGGGAAAAAUCCAUACACACACACAUUUAUACACUACGGCCAAUUUAGUUUAUUCAAUUCAGCUAUACCGCAUGUCUGUGGACUGUGGGGGCAACUGCAGGACCUAGAGGGAACCCACGCUAACACAGAGAGAACUAGCAAACUCCACACAGAAAUGCCUACUGUUCCAGCCAGGACUCGAACCAGCGACUUUCUUGUAGUUAAAUUGUCUGUAGUGUUUGUGUGUGAAUAUGUGUGUGUAUGGAUGUUUCCCAGUAAUGGGUUGCAGCUGGAAGGGCAUUGCUGCGUAAAACAUAUGCUGGAUAAGUUGACGGUUCAUUCCGCUGUGGCGACCCCAGAUUAAUAAAGGGAUUCAGUCGAAAAGAAAAUGAAUGAAUGAACAACCAUGUCAAUCUCUUAAAUAGAACGACUCACAAAGUGAAAUGUUGAAUUACAUUGGAACGUUGCCUAGUAAGACUGGGGAAAAAACUGCUUAAAAAAACUAAAACCAAAAUAGCAACAGAAAACAUUGAAACAAUUUUGACCACUUCAUAUAGACUAAUUUUGUUGGGGAAAAAUUUCAUUCUGUAUAAUUUGUAUCAUUAUUUUAAUGUAUUUUUUGUUGGUCAGUUAUCUACAAAAUAAACAAAAAGACUGAAUACAUUUUAAGUGAAAUGAGGUGCAAAUAAUACUUUUUGGCCUUAAGGGAGUUAUAAAUUAAAUUCAAGUAGGCCUAUUAUAACAUAAAAUGUAAUGUUUCUGACAAUUUUCUUUACAAUUUGAGUUACGAAUUACAGUAUCGAUACUACUUGGUAUCAUGAUACUUCAGCCGGUACAGUAACGUAAGAUUUAUUAAUAAUAUCGCGACAACCCUACUACACACUACUAUAAAAAUUUAUGAAUGAAAUAAAAUAAGAAUAAGAGCGCAAAGUGCUUUCAAUUGAGGAUGAAUAAUAAUUUAUUCUACAUUAUUCCCCACACCUUUAAUCCAGUAAUAACAAUAAUCUUUGUGUUGUUAUUUUUGAUUAAUCUUUAAAUGAAUUUAUUUGUUUUAGCUUAAAAAAAACAGGAAAAAAAGCAAUUUGUUAAUUUUCCCAUUGUACCAAACUCAGGUACGUACUUUCAAUUUUGUGUACUGUUACACCCCUACAGGAUCAAGAAUAUUGUCUCUCGGAAAUAAGACGUAAGGCCAUUUGUAAAUCAUUAUUGGCUGCUUUCAGAGCUCUUCUUGGUAAUGCUCUCCGUUAUUGGUCACUCUGUGACAUCAGUAGCCUAGACAUGUCUGUGACUGACAGCGAACCAUUUUAUUUGGAUUUACAUGUGCACAAAUAUUAGUUUACUUAUAACCUUUGGAGUUUAAAUAGGUUAUAAAAUAAAUCUAUUCUUCAGAGGUAAUUUGAUGAAUGUGUGUUUUGAUAUCAUGGGUUACUCUUUAAUUAGAGAACUGUGGCCUUGUCAAAUCUCAUGCACAGGAUUACUUUGUGUACAUUAACUUUGUGCACAUAUUCAGUUUUAGAAGUGAAUAAAAAAAAAAGAAAACAAGCAUCUUCAUAAUAGCAAAAAAUCAGAAUGUAAACUGGAAGAUUUGUUUAGUUUAGUCGGGUUUAUUAGUUUCUAUUUAUUCAUUAAUAUGGCGUCUUUCAAAAAUGUCCCGUUUUAAGUGGGCAGCUGAAUGUGUCUUUUAGAAAGGCAGUCUCCUUUAUGUGGACUCGGUCCAGAUCCUACUUGAGCUCAAACAAACAAGUCUUUUAGAUACAUGCAGGACAGGCUGGCAUGUCAGCACCAGCCAACGUGAGCAAUGCAUUGACAACCACUGCAGCCUUACACUAGGAAAAGAAAGAAAAACCGAGCUGCUUGAGGACAGAGGAUUGUACUUUGUUCUCUGUGUGAAUGUUACUUGAUGGAGCUUUUCCCCAUAGCGUGGAGCUCCAGCAACUAAACACAGCAUAGUCCUUAGAUACUGCAAAGGCUUGUGCUGUAUUCAUUUCUCCCAGAAUAGUUCAAUAGCAUCCAUGGGUAUUUAUCCUUCUGCAGUGUUAUCUUUACAGUGCCUGUUUUAUGAGAUCCACUUACCAGUCUACCAAAGAUAAAUUUACGUAAAUCAUCAGAUCAAAUGUGGCCAAAAAAUAAGAUUUAAAAAAAAUGAAUGUAGUUUUCAUUGUUACGGUUUUUGUCCACCUACCCCCCCUUUUUGUUCCUACUGAUUUUGAUUGAUUGCAAUGGUCUCAAACUCAAUUCCUGGAGGGCAGCAGCUCUGCACAGUUUAGCUCCAACCAGCUCCAACACCUGCUUAAUAGCCUCUUGUAGUCUUGAACAGUUUGAUUUGGGUUGGAACAAAACUGUGCAGAGCUGCGGCCCUCCAGGAAUUGAGUUUGAGACCUAUGUUUUACAGGCUUUGGGCUAUAGAGGUCAGCAAAUCCUGUGUGUGGUGCAUGGCUACUGUGUAAACACAUUCCUGUAAAUACUGAACUUACAUUUUCUAAUUUAAAAUUAAAGGAUAUAAUCGCAUUCCAAAA